UUUGUACGUAAGGCGGGCUGCGAGGGCAGUGAUCGCGGCGGGUGUUCGCUGGUGUGCUCCCUCCCUGGCCGCGGGACUGGUCGCUGGGAGGCGGUCGCUCCCUUGAGGCUAGGCAGAGAGCAAAACACAAGCAGCAGCAGCAGCUCGAAUGCUACCCCUAGAAUCUCCACCAUGAUUAUACGCAUACAGUCACCUGAAGGCACCAGACGAGUGGAAGCAAAACCAACAGAUUCUACAAAGACUUUGUAUGAAAAAGUGCGUGAUGCAUUUAAUUUAUCACAUACCAACUUUAGUCUGUAUCUUAGCCGUGAAAGAAAAACAGAAAUUGUUUCAUCAGCUCGGAAAACCCUCAAGGGAUUCAAAUUGAAUCAUGGAGAUAUGCUGUAUCUUCACUUGGUGAAUGAUGGUGGUGCCUGUAGUAGUACAUCAGUAGCAGAAAAAAAGAAUAUCACAACAACAGCAGUAGAGAGAAAGAUUAGCAGCAGCCAGAAUGGUGGGAAGGCAGCGGUGCCGGCUCCAACACAGCAAGUGGCAUCCAGCAUCAAGAGCAUGGUGGCCGAGGAUGAUGUAGAUCAGUAUCUAGCCAAAGAGGAAGGCAAAAUUGCCAGGAAAUUAAACCCACAGCUAUGUCGUCACAGUACGAGUAAUAAAUGUGUUCACUGUAUUCCCUUGGAUCCCUGGGAUGAAAAUUACUUAAAAGAACAAAACAUUAAGCAUAUGUCUUUCAACUCGUACCUAAGGAAGCUUACUUCUGGUGUUGACAAGGGAAAGUUUGUUGCUCUAGAGGAUAUCAGCUGUAAAAUCAAGAGUGGUUGUAAAGAACAUCCUCCUUGGCCUAAAGGAAUAUGUUCCAAGUGUCAACCUUCUGCCAUUACGCUAAAUCGACAGUCAUAUCGCCAUGUGGAUAAUGUUAUGUUUGAAAACCCGAACUUAGUAGAGCGUUUUCUAAAUUACUGGCGUGUAACAGGGCAUCAGCGUGUCGGCUUCUUAUAUGGUCACUACGAGCCUCACUUAGAUGUACCCCUGGGCAUUAAGGCCACUGUAGCAGCUGUGUAUGAACCACCUCAGGAAGGGUCCAGAGACCAUGUGAAACUUUUACCAGACCCAAAAAAGGAUAUUGUUGAUGAGGUUGCUAAAGGCUUGGGGCUAACGUGUGUUGGUUGGAUUUUCACUGAUCUGGUUCCUCUCGAUUCAAACAAUGGUACAGUACGAUUCCUUCGGCAUGCCGAUACUUACUUUCUUUCUGCGCACGAAGUUAUCACAGCGGCUCACUUACAAAGUCUUCACCCCAACCCCUGCAGACUGUCACGUGAGGGCAGAUAUGGUUCCAAAUUUGUCACAGUCAUAGUAACAGGUGACAAGAACAACCAGGUACAUAUGGAAGGGUAUCAAGUAAGCAACCAGUGCCAGUCUGUGGUGAGGGACAAGUGCCUCAUACCCACUAAAGAUGCUCCAGAGUUGGCCUACAUCCGUGAAUCAUCAGCAGAGCAGUACGUCCCAGAUGUUUACUUCAAGGAAAAAGAUCAGUACAACAAUGAGGUUGUUCGCCUAGGAAGACCUUUACCAGUCGAAUAUCUGCUCCUGGAUUGUCCAGUGUCCACCCCUAAUGAACCUAUUUAUACAUUUGCUGUUAAUGAAACAAGUUUUCCUGUAGCUAACAGAAUGGUGGAAGGACAUCUACAAGACUUCAGUGCAUUAGCUUCUUAUCUCAAAAAGUUUUCAGAUGAUCAGUUCUUAGAAGCUGUUUCAGAUCUUCAUGUUCUGGUAUACAUUGCAACUAUGGACAUGCUGCCACUUAGGGAAUAUAUUGGACCCUUAUUAGAAGCGGUGAAAAAACGUGAAAGAGCAGCAGCAUUGGAGUGGAAGCAAUCUGGCCACUGGGCUACUGUGGAACAGUUGGUAAUGGCAUCAGGUGGUGAAGGUGCUGUAGCUGUAGGUGAGACAGAUGUGGCAGGUAGAGGCGCACAUGUCCAACCUUCCACAUCGUCCGCCUCAUGGACAUGUCAGCACUGCACCUUCAUUAAUCAGACAGCAAGUGAAAACUGUGAUAUGUGCCACCUGCCACAGUGAAUGGGUAACUCUGAUUUCAUCAGUGCUGAUGCUGAUAUUCAGUGUCUUGUGUGUCCUAGACAAAUUCCUUGUAGAUUUGUUAUUGGUGAAACAAGCUCACAUUGUUCACAAAACCAACAGAAAUAUCUUGUAUAUUGACAGUAUUUGCUUGUAUUAUGUCAAGCACUAAUGCAUCCUCAGAAGAGGAUAUUCAGGUUUUUAAUGACUUGGUUGUAAAUUGUUUAAAUCCUUACUAUAGAAACUUGAGCUAAGCUUAAUGUUCUCACAAUGAUUGUCUGAUGAUGUAAGAAUUCCAUUGAGAAUAUUUUAGCCCAUUUUCUUGAAGUUAGCUAAAUUUUUAAGCUGCAGGAAAACACACUGUGCUCUUAUUAAGUCAUAGGUUUUUCAUGCUAAAUUUUCCAGUUACAUUUUGAGCUGCUGGGGAAGCCUAGGAAAAAGACGUGAGCUGUGUGCAGCCCGUAAAGGUAACCUUGGAAUUGACGUACUUUUUUCACUGUAAUAUUUCUGUUGAUUAAAAGAAUGGUAAAAUUAGUGUAUAAUUUUAUUCUGGCAGGUUUGUGGAAAAUUUCCUUAAUUUUAUAAAAAAAAAUCUGUAGUAGUUCAUGUAGGGGUGAAAAUUUAAAAUAGUGUGCCUUGUGUAAAUUUUAAAAACUACCCAUCUUGAUAAGGUUUAGUUUAUCAGUUUGUUAAUGAAUUUCAUAGUUUUCUAUCAACCCAUAUUUUUUAAUGCAAUAGUUCCCUCCUUUUUUUUUCCAAUUUAAAUCAUUGUAAAUGUUAUUGAGUUUUCAACAUGAAGUUAUUGAAAUCUUCAAUGAUAUUCUUCUGUUUGGAUAGCAAUCUCUGCAUUUGCUAUCCUGAUUUGAGUGCAGGAGACAAGUUGUAUGAAGUGUAUGAAAAAACAAAAAAAAAUUACCUUGUUAAGUUUAUGAUCUUUGAAUUGUAGCACAAAUAAUUUUUAUUUCUUGGAGAAAAUGUUCCAAGUAAAACUUUCAUCCAACAUCAGGUAGCCAUUGUACUAAUUAAGGUACAAAUGUUAUGGAUCAUUUCCCCAUUCUGGUCUUCUCAGUCAGGGAUAUCUGUUCUCUGAGUUUUGACUUGCGGUGAACUAGGAGCUUGACUCGAUAGCCUCUUAAUCUGACAUAGGCAGAAUGGUGGGUAUAGGGAGUGAGCACGAUCUCAAGUGGCCAAGCACUUUGUGUUUCAAGUAUAAAAUCAUACCACAUUUCAUUGGUGUUUGGUAAUUUCAUUUCUUUUAACCCUCAAAAUGCGGUCACCGGCAUGUAUUAUGCUUAGUGCAAUGUGGUUAUCAUAUGACUUUAUGAUUUGUCAGUAUUUGAAUACCGAUGUUGCUCAUAUGGUUUCAAUAGCUCACUGGUGACUCAGGAUUUAUGGAGGCCACAAAAUAACUUGAGAUGACCUUCAGCUCCUGGUCUAUUAUCAUCAUUUGAAGAUUGUAGCACUUUGUUGGCUCGGAUAACAUCUUCACUAAAAUAAAUAUAUCAGAGUUCUUUCUAUUUUAUGCAAUAGUCAUUACUUUUGAAUGUUUUUUUUUUGGGGGGUGGGGGGGGGGAUCCUAGCUCCCAUUACUACAUGAUGCCAAAAGGAAUGUUGACCACUGCCUAGAUCAAAAUAAAGGGAAGAUUUGUAAACAAAAUAUUUUUGUUUACAUAUAUUUUAAUCCAUAUACAGUACUGUAUCUGUAGUACAGUACCAUCUUAUGAGAUUUUUUGUUUUUUGCUCUUGUCAGGGUGACAAUUUUGAUGAUAGCCAUACUUUGAGGGUUAAACUAGUACAGUAAUAUAAUUUCUCUUGCUGAGAAUAUGACGUAAUCAUUGGUGUUAUUCUGUGACCCUUUAUAACAUUACCUUGGGCAAUCCUGCAAAUUUAUUUGAAAAUACCAAAAGGAUAUUUUACUUUUAAAAUGUUAUCAGGAUGAUAUGAUAAUCUUCAUUGGUUAAGAUCAGGUGUAACGGAAGUUAUUCCAAAGAAAUAUGGAAUUGGUCCAACUGUAUAUAAAACUUCAUAAUAAUUUUUAGUACUCUAUUGGUAGGUCUUUGUUACAAGUGUGCUUUUAAAAUUGUUCUCUAUAAAAUAGGUUAAAAGGGAAAUUUGGAAAAAUUUGCAUUGAAUUUAGUUUAUAUGGUGUAAAAGUUAGUAAACCCAUUAUAUUUUUGCUCCUCUUAUUAGAAGUCAAAUUUUAUUUGGUUGUAAGUUGAAAUAUAUAGGUAAAAAAAAUCAUGGUUUAUUUACUGUUGCUUUGAAAGCACACACACAAUAUUAGUGAGAGAUGUUGGUGGUGUGAUAUGAGACAGCCGACACACUCCCAAUGUCAGCCUUACUGAUGACCACUUUUUUGCACCUGCUGUUGCUAGCUUGUACAGAACCCAUUGUGGUCAAGUAGCUUAUUAAUAAAAUUAUUUAAAUGA